AUGUUUCGCACUGGAUUACUUGUAAAGUUCGGUAUCGUUCGCAUAACUAGCUCCUGCUCCUUGGUUCAAACAUCUGUAAAAUGGUGCUCUACCUCUGCAAAUCUUUUUUUAAAGCAGACCGAUUCAAAAACCGAUGAGCAUUUAUCAAGCGAACCGGCUUGGGUGAAAACCCCUCUUGAUAAACAAAUUUUUUCUGCCUCUGAUGCUAAAUCACUUCUAAUGUCUGUAGAACACCAAAAUUUUGAUGGAAGAUGUGCUAUAAAUGUAGUGAACAUCCUUAGUCGAUGGGUGUCAGAGGGCAAAUUUACUGUGUCAGAUUUUCAAAAAUUGGAUAGCAAAGCUAAACUGGAAGAGAAUCUUCUUAAAGGAGAAUUCAGUGUAGGACUUUUUGGUACUUUACAGGCUCUAAAAGGCCUGCUUUUACUAGGGUUCAAACCCAAUUCAAAAGUUGUUGAAUCCCUUGAGAAUGAAAUCCUAUGGCUGUUGAGAAAAAUUACACUUGGUCAACAUUUACUGGUUAUGGAUUAUUACAGCCAAAUGCAAGAAUCAGCUCGUCAUCAGCAAGUCAUUAAAGAAGUUGUGUCAAAUGUUCAGCGUCGUUGGGUGGAAAUAGUGGAAGCAAAAGAUUUUGUCUCAUUGUUCAAGCAUGCAGCCCAUUUCAAUCCAAAAUUCAUAGAAAAAAUGGAAGAUGUCCUUGUUGAGCUGGUACAGGGCUUCAGUCAGGAAGACCAAACAAAGAUACUGGUCAUAUUAGGUGCCACUCAAAGGAGGUCAACCCCUUUAUUGCGUGCCCUUUCAUACCAUCUUAACAAACGUUCUGACAAACUGUCUGUUCGGCUAGCCGCUGAUAUUCUCUUUGCUUUACAUCGGCUUUCUUUCCAUGAUCAUUUGUUGAUGGAGCGCAUAUGCAACGAUCUCGUUACGCAGCUAACUCCUGAAGUGAAGUCAUCUACGAUAGGAUCUCUACUCACUAGCCUCGGUCAACUCAAAUAUCGACAUGAAGGUUGUUUGGAUGCAGUCUGUGACUGGGUCAACCACAACUGGACCAAAGUUCGUUAUCAAGAUGUCCUCUCCUUAACGCUCUGCCUUGCAGCAUUGGACUUUUUACCUUCGUGCUGGGAACCUCUAUGGGAAAAGAUGUCCGUUCUACUCAGACAGAAAAGAGUGUCAUCCGACUUGAGUAAAUUUAUCCAACUGGAUCUGGCUUGGUCCUUGGCAGUGCUUAAUCAUUUAGACCUCGAAACUGGUCAAUCCGUCUUGAAUGAUGAAUUUAUGGGUGAAUUAUUAGGGUCAAUUCCAGCAAACAACAGAGGCGUCCAAAUGAAAUUAAACCAGGUGUGGGCGGUAGCCAUUUUGAAGAAAUGGGAUCUAAGUAGGUUAAAGACAGCUUUACCCUUCACGUUCAAUACUCCGGCUACGGCGAACCAGAAACCUACAUUAAAUCAAGCUGUCGUUAGCGCGUUAUCCAAUUUCAUACCCUCUGGAAAGUACCUUCGUGAAGGAGGGCAAACUAGAUUGGGAAUUGAAAUUGACGCGGAGUGCAUCAUAAAUGACAAAGGGGUUCCUUUUCCUCUUGCAGAUUAUGAUGACGGGAAGGAAUUACCUGCCAAUAGUGCAAGGGUUGCGGUGAUAGUGCUAAAUUACAAAGAUUUGUGCAAAGGCAAAUCCUUCAGUACUGGAGCUCAGGCUUUACGUGAAAGGCUCCUCACCCAGUCAGGAUACCGCGUGGUUACCGUCAAGCAUACCGAAUUCGACCCAAGGGACAAACUAGUGAAAAAGGUUCAGUACCUAGAACAAUUGGUGAAAAACGCUCUGUCAACUACAAGGAUGUAAACGAAUUGAACAGUUGUAGUUAUUUACAGUUGAAUGAAAUAAAAUGUUGCCUUGUAAAAA